AUGAAGUGCUCGGACGACACUGACACAUGCCAUAGGAUUGACUUCAUUGAUUUUGCUUUUGAAGAUAUUCAAAAAUCAGAGGAAUCGGAUGAUAAAGAAAGCAGCGAAAGCAGUAAGAUUGAACUGAAGCAAUUACCAGAUCACCUUCGCUAUGCAUUUCUAGGGGACAAUUCUGCAUUUCCAGUGAUCAUUUCUUCAUCACUCAACAGGGACGAAGAGGACAAAUUAUUGAAAGUGUUGAGGGAUCACAAGGCUGCUUUGGGCUGGUCGAUAGCUGACAUCGAGGGGAUAAGUCCUACAGUCUGCAUGCAUAAAAUCCUCAUGGAAGAUUCUUACAAGCCGUCCAUUGAACAUCAGAGAAGAUUAAACCCAGUAAUGAAAGAAGUUGUUCCAUCUAAGGUACUAAAGCUAUUGAAGGCAGGGAUCAUAUUCGCCAUUUCAGACAGUGAAUGGGUCAGCCCAGUACAGAUUGCUAUAGCACCAGAAGAUCAAGAAAAGACAACCUUUACCUGUCCCUAUGGAACUUUUGCCUACAGACGGAUGUCAUUCGGGUUAUACAAUGCACCGGCCACUUUUCAGAGAUGCAUGAUGGCGAUCUUUACGAACAUGGUUGAGGACAUUAUGGAGGUAUUUAUGAAUGACUUUUUGGUGUUUGGUACUUCUUUUGACAACUGCCUUCACAAUAUCUCCUUGGUAUUACAACACUGUGAGGAAAAGAAUUUAGUUCUAAACUGGGAAAAGUGCCACUUCAUGGUACAAGAAGGAAUUGUACUAGGCCACCAUGUUUCAGCGAGGGGAUUGGAAGUGGACAGGGCAAAAAUUGAUACAAUUGCAAAACUACCACCACCCACCAAUGUCAAAGGCAUUCAAAGUUUCUUAGGGCACGUUGGAUUCUACAAGAGAUUUAUCAAAGACUUCUCAAAAGUGGCAAAACCCCUAUGUAAUCUUUUGGAGAAGGACACAACAUUCGUCUUUGAUGAAGACUGCUUACGGGCUUUUGAAACAUAA